UCAGAGUUGAAAAGACGUUGUUAAAGUUUUCAUCAGAAGAAAAAAAAAAAAAUAUAAGAAACAUUGAAAAAGAUCCAGGAAGAUUUCGUAAUAACAGGAAUGAAGCAAUAUUAUAAAGGGGUGAUCAUGUUACAAUUUGCUCUUUGCUUGAUGUUAAUUCUUCAUGGAAAGGGUUCAAUAGGGAAACCUUUGACUCCUGACGAUGUUGAAGAUUUACUUCCACCCGAUCCACGCGACAAGAAUGAAACGAUAGCAGCCGUUGUCCAGGAUCCAGUUAUCCAAGAUGCCGUGCAUCACACGGUCAGCAAUGGAUCCUUAAACGGAUUGGUGAUCAAGAAGCACGUUUUCAUAAUGCCGGCUACCAAUCCCAAUUUGAUACUUUCCAAACGUGAACAUCUUCUGGUCGUUCCUACCGAGAACUUGCAAGAUGUAAAAAAAAAUAUUACCGAGGCCAAGGAAGCAGAGACUCAAACUCAAGAAUCUUUGCCAGAAAAUCAAGCAUUCUUAGAGAACGAUGAGAAUCAAUACUUAUCAGAGGGAAAUGAAAACGACUCGAAAGAAAAUAAAGAUACGUCCUUCCCAGAGCCAAGCGCGGGCCAAUCAUCGAACGAGAAACGCAAAAGCGAAACGGAAUUCUUGAAAAACAAGCUUACACGUGAGAUCUCGUUACCGCAAGAUUCUUCCUCGAUGAAAGUGGCCGUCCCUAUUGUCGCGGUCAUUGAUCCCUCGAACGCUGAAAAGGGCCAAGUGAAAAGUCCCAUCGUGGCCGUUUUACCUCAUCACGUUAAGAGCGACGAAUUGAACAAUCAAAUUCAAUUCCUAAAGGAUAAUAGCGAAAAGAUUCAGGAAAAGGCUCAGGAUUACGUCGAUCAAAGCUCGUUAACGAUUACUCCCAAUUAUUGGAAAUUUUCAACGCCAACAUCCGAGAUUAUCGCCUCAUCGCCGAUAAACAACAACGAUCCAGUUUCACCUUACGCGGAUCAAGCAGCUUCGAAUCCAAGUUCAAUCACAAAUGAAAUGUUUUUGACGCCAUUAAUCGUAUCGCAGUGGGAAAUGCUCGCGCCAUCUGUAGAGGGCGAUCGAACGGAUUACACAGGAGAAACAGGUGACAUGGAUGUAGCUGAAGAUAUUAUAUUUAGACCUCUGUUCAGAUACCGACAGGAAACGCAGCAGCGGUCUAAAUACUAUGACGAAAGCAAUCGGCGAUAUAGUUACACACCGUAUCGAAACUAUGAUAACUAUUAUCCGAGACGCUCUUUUUACAGACCUCAGUACAACGAUUAUUAACGACGUGGAUUGAGAACGAGUGAGAAUGACGGAAAGAGAAAAACUUGUGUUUGGAAAGCUGUUGAGAAAAAAAAAAAAAAAAAGAAGAAGAAGGAAUUCUGGUGUAACACGUUUCGUCGCAUGAUUGUAUUAUGAUUCCGCUUGAUAAUAUAAUAAAGUUUCGUUUCCAUGUAUGGGAUUUAUAAUUACAGAUUCUAAAAAAAAAAAAAAGAAAAAAUUAAUUGUAUUUAUUUCUCAAAUAUGAGUAUAUAAAUAAAAAAGAUUGGGGAAAAAUGGAAAUUAUUAAUAGAAAUGUCAUGGAACAGCUUAGGAACGUAGUAAAUGAUGACAAGGUCGUCAAGAAAUGAAGGAUUCAAUGUAUGCAGUAUGAUUAUUUUCGAAAUACACGCUAUUAAAUAUUGUUUAUUUCGUUAA